GACGGGCUUAUUGAGUGUCGAGUUUUCACCCGCGUCGCGCGCAUUUAUCAACCGACUCUCGCAGUUUGGUUUCUUGCUGUUCUGAGUUACUUAGUGAAAUAUUUUUCUGUACCAGAAAAGUGGUCUUUGUUUUGUGGUUCAUUAACUGUUCGUAUUGUUUCUUCCAUCUGAGGAGAAGGUGCUGUGCAAUUAUUUUUCUCUUAACUCUGGUUGAAACUGUCUAUAAGUUUCAAAAUUGGAUACCAAAAAGGAUAGAAUUCGGGCCGAUGUUCUCGCGCAUUCGUACCUGCGAAUGAAAUACCGAAGCAGCCUUGGCCUGAUUGAGCAGAUUCAGUUCCGAACGCUGGUUCAAAUCAAAGAAAGUCCCCAUCGGAAGCGCGGUUUCAGUGGAGAUAAAGCGGCUCCCAACUGGGGCGAUCCGGGCUGCCGGCAGCGUUGCUGAGUGUGAAAAGUGUGUGAUAUUGAUUAACGAAACGUCGAUAUUUUAUAUAUGCUUUUUAUAUUGCUGACCCCUGCGGGCAGCCGGAAAUGUAAAUUGAUUCCCCCAAGAGACAAUUGAACGCGAGACAGCAGUGAUAAGUGAAACGGUAUAAACUGGAACUGAGAGGAAAAAAAAGUAAGAAGUGAUAGUAAUUGAGUUGCGUCAAUAACAAACCUAACGAAGCUGUACACCGAUUGAUACCAAAUAUACAUAUAGAUCAGUUUAAUAGAAAAGGUUAGGUAACUUCAAUUUAAGAUAAAAAUGUGGCCAAUUGUCUUACUUAUGGGAGCGGUUUCGGUUGGAGCUGCUCAGGAGCAGCACGGUUUCGAAGUAUGGCCGGAGUGUGGCAGUGAGGAGAAUCUGCAUCAAGGAGCAUUUACACCGUACGAUUAUUCGGCUGUCGGAUUUAUGCUGAUCGUUUCGCUUGGAAUUGGAGUUUUUUACGGAUAUUUCGUAAAGCCAAAGAAAACGGAAGAGGGCGAUCCCAGCUCGAAUGAGUUUUUGCUCGGCUCCGGGAUGACAGUGUUCCCAGUUACGCUGAGUUUGACAACGAGUUUCAUCACCGCAAUCGAGCUGCUGGGAAACCCGUCGGAGAUGUUUUACAACGGUACACAAUUUGCUCUCAUUGUAAUUUCUGCCCUGCUGGUGACACCGGUUGCUGUCAAGUUGUUUUACCCCAUCUAUUAUAAAAUGAAUUUGACCAGCUGCUACGAGUAUCUGGGAACACGGUUCAACAAUAAGCUGAGAGUUUUCGGAGCAGUUUUGUACAUUUUGCAGAUGUCAUUCUACACGUCCGUGGCCGUCCUGGCGCCCGCCAUCGCCCUGUCUAAGGCAACAGGUCUAGAUACGCACGUAGCCGUCGUACUGAUCUACUUCGUUUGCGUGUUCUACUCGUCACAGGGUGGCAUGAAAGCCGUCGUUAUCGCCGAUACAUUCCAGGCUUGCAUCCUGGCACUUUCGCUCAUCCUGGUGGUGGCAUUCGGUUCAUACUAUACGGGCGGACCGCUGGAGAUUUUUGCUCGGGCCCAGGAAAACGGUCGCAUCGAAUUGCUCAACCUGAGCACCAAUCCGACCACCCGCCAUAGUGUGUACUCCGUGAUAAUCGGAGGCUUCUUCUAUUGGACGUCGCUGUUCUGCACGAACCAGGCCGCGGUUCAGAAAUGCAUGUCAUUAAAGUCGCUCAAAAAGGCAAAAACGGCGAUUUAUCUCUCGAUCCUCGGAUUGGUGCUGGUUUUCCUGUUCAACUUCUACACCGGGUUGUUGACUUUUGCCCACUACGCCGGUUGCGAUCCUCUGAGAUCGGGUCAAAUCACCGAAAAGGACCAGCUGGUGCCGUUCUACGUAAUGGAUGUGUUCGGUCACGUCAAGUUCAUGACGGGCAUUUUUGUCGCCGGUAUCUUCGCCGCCAGCCUGGGAACCGUUGCAGCGGCCCUAAACUCGCUGUCGGCUGUCACGUGUGAGGAUCUGCUGGUUUCCGGAUUCGGGCUGAAAAUUCCAGCGGAAAAGAGCCAAACCUACGCCAAGUGGAUGUCUCUGGGGUACGGUAUUUUCUCCUUCGGGCUGGUAUUCGUGGUCGAGCGUCUAGGCGGCAUCCUGCAGGCGACACUCACCCUCAACGGACUGAUCGGUGGCGUGACACUGGGACUGUUCUCUCUGGGACUAUUCUUCCGCAAUGCCAACAGUAAGGGUGCCCUGUACGGAGGCUUGCUGUCGUUGGCAUUUGUCAUCUACAUUGGAGUUAUGGCACAAAUCACCGGAGAACCGGUGACCCCACUGCCGACGUCGAUUGACACCUGCAAUUGCACCCAGUCACCGUCGUCGUUGUCGUCCGCUUGGGAGCCGCUGUCCGGGUUCGCUUCCGACAAUGACCAACCGGUUAGUUUGGCGCUGGUUUCGUUCGAGCAGACCGGUGUUCUGUCAACUGCUGCCUCAACGAGCCGUGAUCGAGUGUUUCCCGCUGCCGAUUCCAUGGAAAUUAUGUCCCGCACCUCGGACGUCUCCCCGCUGGCUUCCAUCUACCAGAUCAGCUACAUGUGGUACUCCUUCCUGGGAACGUUUCUGACGAUCUUCUUCGGUUUCAUCAUCUCCCUGAUGACGGGGGGUCUCUGCAUGGGGAAACAGAUGAGCAUCGAUCUGCUGCCGACUCUGGGGGACGUCGUCCCCAAGCAGGAGGAAAAAUGCACCAAAGCCCUGCGGUACAGCAAGUCGGGAGAUGAUUUUGGCUACGACACCGGCAAGGGGAGAAAAUCAAUUACGAGAGAUGACUCUAUCCGGAUCCAGAUUGGUGCACCGUUGUCGAUGAUGAUGAAAACCUGUGUUUCGUACGAGAAGGACGACGGUGGGAAGAAGCAACAUAACGGGGAAAUGGUACAGAUAGUAUCCAAGGCGAAUGGCCACACCGGCGAUGAAGGUAGCAUAUUUGCAAUCGAAGGAUAUCGUAAUCAAGCUGGUGGGAAUUCUACCCCCGGCUGGUUGCGACCCACUCAGCUUACAGCGGAAGCACUGAUGAAGCAGGUGGAACGUGAGAGGUUUUAAUUAUGGAUUUUACUACUUCGUCGUGCUCGGCUUGGAAUGCCAGCGAAUUGUACUACAAAAAAGAUUACGAACAAUUAGUUUAAGUGUGGGGGCUAGAGACACUUGCAAGUAUAAAACCGAAUCGUGCAAACGGUUCACGUGAAUUGGCGUACAAAUUACUCAAAUUUACCCUCGCUAUUAUACUCUUUAAGAAAAAUACCACACAUUCUAUCGUCGCCAUUCAGCAAUCAAUUGGAAGAUGUGUCGUACCAUAAGUUGCUCGUUUUUAGACCGGACAUGACAUAUGUAGUGGACAUUCUACUUCAUUUACGUGCUUCCUUACUCAAGUUAGAUGCAGGACUUUGUGCUGCUAGCAAAUCCGAGUCGAGAAAUGUAUUUUGAUUUCAAAAUGAAUUUAUUUGCGGAAGCAAUAUACAGUACAAAAAUUAAUAUCAUCACUCUUCUGUCGGUUUGUCGGUCGGGAAGAAGCUCUGCAGGCUGCACCGAACAAUAAUUACAGAGUUGAGUAGUUUUCUGUUAGUCUGGCAGCAAAGUUACAGGUACGGAAUGGCACGUAUUCAAAUGGCCGGAUAUUUACAGGAGGGAAGUGAUUUCAUAUCAGUACUAUAACCUAGCGUAGUUAUUGAUUGCUUGUAUAUUUAUUGGCAUUAGGUUAUAAGCAUGUUACUUUUUGAUAUCUCUAUUUAGAAUUGGAAAUAGAUUCCGAUUGAAGAGCAAAAGCAA